UCGUUUGUAACAGUCACUUCAAUCUGAGAAGUGAGUAGGAAGAAGAACCCAUCCACCUUUUUCUCUGUUUGUCUCCGCCGCGCCAAGCCCCGCCCAAGUUCCCUUCCACUCCCACAGACAGACACCCACACCCAUCUCCUUUCCAGGCCACGCGCCACCAAAUCUCCCUUUCCCGGCAACGGAGGACCCUCAGCUAAUUUAGCAAGCUGAGAGUAUAUCUGGCACUUUUUUGUGAACUUAUUAGUUGGCUAGCACUAUUCCGAGGACUAUGAAAAAGCUGAGAGGACCAAUUGCCAUACCACUGCUGGAGCAGCGAAACCCUAAAAACACAAAGCCACCACUGUCUCCAAUUCCAAACCCAACACUUCCUGGUGCACCCAAAACCCCAUCAAUUCCUCUCCCCACCCAAACUCUCUCCCACACCUCUAACCACACCCACCUCCUCAACUUCCUCAAAACCCAUAUUAAGAACCCACCAUUCACACCCCAAACCCUCCUGCAUUUCCUCCAGUCCAAGCUCCACCACCACCCCACAUUCACCCACUUCGACUUCCACGUCUUCAACUGGGCGUCCUCCGUCGACUCCUUCCGCCACGACCACUCCACGUUCGAAUGGAUGGCUCGCACCCUCGCAAUCUCAGACCGAUUUCCCGAGUUGAGUUCCCUCCUUGGCUUCAUGGUCGCUAACCCUUGUCCUUGCUCCGAUGGUAUUUUUUCUUGCCCAAGAACAGAACCCAUUUUCCAAUUUGCCAUUAAUGCUUACUGCAGGGUUGGGAGAUUGGGUGAUGCUUUGAAUGCAUUUGAUUCUAUGCGGAAAUUGAUUGAUGGCAGACCUAGUGUUGUGGUUUACAACAUUUUGAUUAAUGGGUUUGUGAAACAUAGCCAACAUGAUCAGGCUCUGGGGUUGUAUGAUAAGAUGCUUAAGGAUAGAGUUAAGGCCAAUGUUUAUACCUUUAACAUUCUGAUUAGUAGUUUUUGUCGUAAUUCAGAGUUCGGGUUAGCUUUGGAGCUGUUUAAGGAUAUGAGGGAGAAGGGGUGUAGUCCCAAUGUGGUGAGUUUCAAUACUUUGAUAAAGGGGUUCUUUAGGGAGAGGAAAUUUGAGGAUGGGAUAGGGAUGGCUUAUGAGAUGAUUGACUUUGGUUGCAAGUUUUCGAGUGUCACUUGUGAGAUUUUGGUCGAUGGACUUUGUAGAGAAGGUUGGGUUUCGGAGGCGUGUGAAUUGUUGAUAGAUUUUUCAAGGAAAAGAGUGUUGCCUAAAUCUUAUGAUUAUCUCAGUCUUGUUGAGGUGCUUUGUAGGAAGGGAAGUUCGGGUAGAGCGUUGGAGGUAGUGGAUGAGCUAUGGAGGACAGGAAAUGUUCCGAGCUUGAUCACUUGCACAACUUUGAUUGAGGGCUUGCGGAGAGUAGGGAGAAUGGACGAAGCUUCUGGAUUGAUGAAAAGGAUGCUUGAAGAGGGUUCAGUUCCAGAUAUCGUGACUUUUAAUUGUCUCCUUCAAGACCUUUGCAAUUUGGGGAGAACAGUGGAGGCAGAUAGUCUUAGGAGGUUGUCAUCGAGCAAAGGUUUGGAAUUAGACAGCACAGCUUAUAGGAUUUUGGUAUCUGGAUAUUCAAGAGAAGGAAGAAGAAAGGAGGGGGAAGUGCUUGUGGAUGACAUGCUUGAUAGGGGAUUUAUCCCUGAUAUUGCUACAUAUAAUAGAUUGAUUGAUGGGCUUACUAGUUAAAAUUAAACCGUUUGGCACCCAGUUAGAAAUUAUUAAUGGUGGAGUAGAUGGAAAUUUUCAGAUACUUUGGGUAGAUUCUUAUACUUUGCUCAACUAUGACUUCUCUUGCGGGUUUUGAUUGCACUAGGGACAUGUUAUUGGUCUGUAUCAGAGGUUGAAAAGCUGGAGAUAUAAAAGUAUACAGGCCCUCUUGAUCCUCUAACAGGGGUUUGAACACCUUUCAUCAAUGACGUUGUGUUAAAAAACAGGGCAUAUUGCUGGAGAAUGCAGCAUGAUUCAAAACUGUUGUGGAGCUUCAACAAUGGAGAUUGCAAUGUGGCAAUUAUCUGUUUCAUUCACUUCCUUUUGGGUGAGUUCGGACUUCAUCAGCUUUAGGUAUAUUUGUUUACACACAUUAUUAUGUCGGGUCAACCUUGUUGGCGAUAAUUUAGGAUCAAAGUUGAGCCGCUGCUUGAGAAAGAAAAGUGAAGAUGACAAUCAAGGAAAGACGUGGAGGAAGGUCGUAUUAUUCAGGGGUCAUUUUUUACAUGAAUCCGGCUGACCUUUUAUGGUAUCAUAGGAGGUGGCAAGCACAAACAGAGGAUAACAAGAAAGUUUGCCAAAUCUGUACGUAUUUGGGUUGGGUUGAAUAUGCCUUUUGGUUCUUUUCUAGUGUUGCAUUAAACGAAAGUAUUGACUUUGUGAAUGUUGUCUUUUGAAUUAUAAACUCCAUGAAUCCGUGGAGAAUUCUAUCAGCAUAACUCUGAAUGUGCAGGUUGCUGAUAGGCUCCAUUGGUACGUGAAAGAUGGAGAUAUGAGAUUUGACUUCUGCUGUGGUGCCAAUGAUUUCCAAGAAACUUAAAAGGUAGCAGCUUCUUGUUGCUGUCUCUCCCUCGCUUUCACUAUCAGAAGUUCUCUUGUAUCCCUGGGUUUGCUGAUGAGAAUGGCAAACAAAUGGCUCAAUGGAGGAGGCCUCCGCCACUCUAUCUAUGGAGUGGUCUCGAUUAGUUGCUCAGAACAAGGCUGUAGCUCAAGAGCAAGGGCACUUCUCUGCUGAGAACAACAUUCCAAACCUCGACUUAAUGAUCAUUAGCAGGCAAUAAUGAUCACAGAGGUGAUGGGCUGAUCCGAAGGACGAUGAUUGGCAGAUUGUCCCGAAGUGUCAUAUGGUUGAGUUUAUUAUCCUGUUGGCUCUGUGUGAUCUCAAUUAGUAGUGGUUUUGUUAGCAUAUCCCUGUAAAAUACGAGGGUAUGUACGUUGUAGCUUUGGGUGUACAGCUUUGUAGGUUUUGUAUUUGGCAUGAGCUUUCUAGGUUUUACCUUUUGUAGUAGGAUGCUGGCAGAUGUAUGUAGAUAAAUGACUUUUUUCGGUGCUUUUA